UGGACACAGCCGUGGCGUAUAAAACCUACCGGCACAUUUUCUUUCGGCGUCAAAAGAAGCAACCGGUGUGGAGGAGUUUCCUCGGGUGUGAACCGCAGUUGACAUCUGGUUGCAGGAUAACACGGGAGGGGAAACUACAACACAAAAUAGAGCGAUAUAAAAGUAGAGUUGUACUGAUGCUGGGACGUUGUAGAAACGCUUAGAAAUAUUUCAGUGUAGGCUACUCCGGCUGCCCAAUGCUUCUACAUCAGUUCAUGAACGGAGCCCUGGACGUCAUGCAUCCAACCUCGCUGCAAAAAGACACAACUUUUACCAAGAUCUUUGUCGGCGGGCUGCCGUACCACACGAAUGAUGCAUCACUCAGAAAAUACUUCGAGGCCUUCGGGGACAUUGACGAGGCUGUUGUGAUAACGGACAGACAGACCGGUAAAUCCCGAGGAUACGGCUUUGUAACGAUGACAGACAGAGGAGCUGCAGAGAGAGCAUGCAAGGAUCCCAACCCCAUAAUCGAUGGCAGGAAAGCCAACGUGAACCUGGCCUACCUGGGGGCUAAACCCCGCAGCAUACAGACAGGCAUAUCCAUCGGAGUGCAGCCCAUUCACCCAGCACUCAUCCAGAGGCAGUAUGGGAUGGCCCAGCCAUACGUCUACCCACAAGCCUUUGUGCAGCCCAGCUUGGUCCUGCCCACUCAGGUGUCCAGCUCUGUCAGCAGCAGCCCCUACCUAGACUACAGCGCAGCCUACACUCAGUACGCCCAGGCAGCCUUUGAGCAGCAGUACCCGUAUGCUGCCUCCCCAGCAGGCUUCCUGGGCUACAGCUACGCCACCAGCCCCACAGCCAACGCUGGACAAGCCACCGCCGCCACAGCUCCGGCCACCGUCCAUCCCAGCCUCUCGUCCGCCACUGGACCUGGCCAAGCCUUCCUGCACUACGCCCCACAGCAGCACAUCCAACCGGACCGCAUGCAGUGAGCCGGGGAAGGAAGCAGAGUAGAAGGAGCGGUGCAGGAGGAGGAGGAGGAGGAGGAAGGGGUAUUGGUUUCGGACCUUUGGACAGAGGAUGGCAAACACCCUAUGGGGUCCCCCAGCUAUAUUUAGCAGGGGCUUUCAGGAAAAAGGGUGGGACUAUUGCACUGCGAUCUGGAUGAGCCCUUUGCUCAUUGGUAAAAGGGUUCAAAGAAAAUAGGGGGUGGGAGGUAGACUGUUUUGGUUCAGGUGGGGAAGCUAAGCAGCAUAAAGUAUGUGGUCGCUUCCAAGGGCUUCCAGAAGCUGACACUUCAUUUUUUAUUAUUAUUAUUUUUAUUAUUUCUAUCGUCAUUUAUUAUUGUAUUAAUGUCAUUGUCAAUGUUUGUUUGUAUGCUAUUAUUAUCAAUGUUACUAUGUUGUUGGCUCAAUCAGUGGAAGUUAUGUGUGUCCAAGGUACAUUGAGAGGUUUGUGGGACAUGCUCUUUCCUCCUGCCUCCAGAGUCGGGAGUUGAAGGGAACUGCUGCUUUAGGACGCUGGGGGUUCGAGUCGGAGAUGGGGGUUCAGGGGGAAGACAGGUUGGGUGAUCUGGAGAGGCAGAAAAGCGGCCUCUCUGUGGACCCUCCAUCCUGCUGCCAUCCCCAGUGAGGUAGAGCAUUCAGUGUGAACAAACCUGCAGCUUUCAGUUCCACACAGGACAACAAAAGAUUUAACCUCAAUGAUUUACGACUGUGGUGUCAGGACUACACAUUUAUUUUUUUUAGAAAUUCUUUUUAAUUAAAGAGGCCUUAAAAAAAAAAGAAACUUCUUUUUGAACAUCCUGAUUUUUGUAUGUGCUCUCCCCACCACAGAACCAAGUGCAGACAGUCCUACAUAACUGACCUUUCAGCUGUCAGUGACUUUAUCUGGCUCACUUGGGUCUUUAGAAUUUCAAAUGGAUGUAGAUAAUCACAUGCAGUAUGUGGGCGAUGGGGACCAGGAGCGCUGUGUAUAGAUGUUAUAAGGUAGCUGACACUGGGCUCAAACACCAGUGUAUUUUUUUUUUUUUUUCUCACUGAGAUUUUCACAAACUGUUGUGCCCGAAAGGACAUUCAUGUACAGCAAAUGUUUUAUGUCAUCAAGUACAUUUACAAUAUUUAUAUUUAGGUAUUUAUAUGAGGUACUAAGUUAAAAUAGCCUUUUUUUUGUUACUCUGACUAGUUGUGUAACUGAUGUCGUUCAACCUGCAGAGACAUUCCUGCAGGUUCACAGGUGUUGUAUUCAUUUUGUUGCCAUGUCGAUGGAUCUGGUGCACAGCAACAACUUCAGUCAAUACUUGUUUGUAGAAUCUUUGACCGGUUGGAUCAGAAAUUCUAGAUUUCUUUUUUCGAUAAAAAUGUCUUUUACAGUCCCUUCAAAGAAGCCAUACGUAAAAAUGAAAAAUAAAAAUAAAGACUUUGUAAUUGAA